CCAGUCUCCUCCCUCCCUCCCUUCCAAGAAAUACGCGUGUGUGCGAAGCAAUGCAGCCUGCUGAUCAUCUAUGUCGUCUGCCGCCGCUGCUGCUGUUCCUCUUUGCCAUCGGUGGGCGGCUGCCUGGCAUCGCUGGCCAGUGUGAAUGGAGCGUGAGUGAGUAUGUGGGGACCGGGACGGGCGACUGCGGCCGCGAGUACGAUGCCGGCGAGGUGGUGGCCUUGACGGGGCCUUCCAAGUACGGGCGUUACGAGGCGCGAAUGCUGCCCAACGUCUUGUGGGCUGACGGGGUGGUGCUUUCAUUCAUCCUCUGGUACCAAGACAGCGACAAGGUGCCCGGCACCCCCUGGGGCGAGAUAGACUACCAGAUAUUCCUGGGGGGCCCUCAUGGGGAGAAGGGGGAGCCGCUGCAGACUAACAUCGUUCUAGGUAGGUAUCAAUGUGCAUGGAUGCAUGUAAGCAACAUGAACAAGGAAGCAAGGCAGUCAAUCAAGCCCCUCCGUCGCUCUAUCCGUCCAUCUGUCUGUCUGUCUGUCUGUCUGUGUGUGUGUGUGUGUGUUGGGUCGGCGCGUCGCAGGUUAUGUGUGGAACGAUCCCCCCGGCCUGGGUCUGCACGAGCAGUUCUACGGCCCCCCAGGGUAUCCUAAGACCCCUGAGGGGCGGGACAAUGAGGCAUCCAAAGGGGUCAAGGGCAGCUGGCACACUAUCGCCAUAGAGUGGACGCCGGAACACGUCGAGUGGUGGUUCGAUGGACGCAGACUGCGCAGAUGCCCCAGUAAGUAAUAAAUACCGACGGAUGCCUGGCUCGUUCGUUGAUUCGUUCCGCUCGCCAUUCACUUCAUUCCCGAACCAUACAUACCUCAAUCCACUCAUAACUGUGUGCAUGUGUGUGUGAGUGUGCAGGUGCCGAGUGUUGCAGCACAGCGACAGUGCCGUCUUUGUGCGAGGACGGCGCUUUGAUGACGAACCUGAAUGCCAUCCCGUCGAUGAAUGUGCGCAUGUCGAUGUGGCCGGUGAACCCCAAGGAGCCGUGGGCCGCCACCUGGAGUGGCCUGGCUGACCCCGAGAGCUUCCCUCUGGUGGCCUUUGUCGACUACGUCACCUUCUACUCAUACGACCAGGCCACCAAGUCAUUUGUCUUUGACGACGUCGAGGUCUUUGACUAUGAAGUGGGCCUCGCCAGGACCGAUGCCAACCUGCUCGAGAAAUGGUCCCUGCCCACUGGGGUCACCUUCGACGUCAACUGGGCAGAGUUUGGACUCAGGUAAACACACACACACACACACACAGACAUUACACGACACGACACAACAUGCACGCAUCUCCGCAUAUAUGUGGAUGCGCCCUGGCUGUCACACACACGUGUUGUGCAUAGCGUGUGUCUCUGUCUGUCUGUCCUGCCUCCUACCUGGUGUGUUGUGUGUGUGUGGUCAGGCGGACCAACAUAGUGAGUGGAUCUGUGUCGAAGCAUCUGGCCCUGACGCUUGCCAAGAAGGGUGAGAAUGCGGUGCCGGCUGCACCCCUCAUCGCACCCAAUCGGCAGGCCUUGCCGCCAAAUGACAUCGACGACACACUCUGUCAGUGAGACACACAUACAUACACACACAUAAGACGUACGUACGUACGUACGUACGUACACCUGCACACCGGCUCAUACCCUGCCCCCCGCUCGUUUGUAGUAUAUGUCUCAUUUGUCAGUCAUCUCUCUCUCUCUCUCUCUGUGUGUGUGUGUGUGUGUAUCAGAUCCUAACAAGACGACUCUUCCGGAGGCAGCGGAGCGUUACCUGGAUUGGCGAGAGGAGUGCGAGGCAGACCCAUCGGUGGACCCGGCCAGCGGUAAGGUUCUGAGGAUCCCUGGCAAGGUCUUCCAGUACGGCAUGGCUCAGCUCAAGGCCGCCCUCACGCCCCCGGCAGAGACCGCCGACACGUCCACAUGGGCUGUCGACGCAUGCAAGGCCGAAUGCAUCGCACGACUUGUCGCCGGCGUACCUCUACACUACUUGUCCGUCAUCGAGACCACCCCUGAGGGGACGGAUGAGACCGCAUAUCAGGUAGGGAGGUCGGUGGGUAGGGAGGCAGGCACAGCACACACGCUGGCUGCAUGACUGACUGACGGACGUAGCCCGCUACAUGCACGCACACGCACGGACGGGGGGGGCGCCCAUCUAUCUAAUGUGAUGUGAUCUAUGUGACCGUUCCAUCCAUCCAUCCAUGCAUCCAUCCACCCUGCGUGUGUGCAGUGUAUGUGUCUGUUGGAGACAGGUGCAGCAGUUGAGCUGGGUGAUGGGGGCAGUGGCUUCGCAUAUAGCGGCAUUCUGUGCGGCGAGGCGGGCAACUUCGACCCCAGCCUGACGACCCCCACCCCGCCCGACGACGUCUCUCCGCCAUCCAUUGUGGAGGGGCCGCCUGUCCUGCUGCCGGGGCAGCAGCUCCUGCUCCUUGAUGGCGGUCGGCGGUUUACCGAUGAGAACUUUGGCACACAACUCCUCGCUGUGAGGAUACAAAAUGAGCCGCAGGGCACCUUUGAAACGGUAGGUAGGGCGGUGUGAACGCUGCGGGCGACGCAGCCAAUAGACAGACAGACAGACAGACAUUCGUGUAUUGCAUGUAUGUAUGUAUGCAUCAAUGAAUGAGAGCCGUUUGGUGACUCCCUGUCUGUCUGUCUGUCUGCCUGCCUGUCUGUCCUUCCCUACCCUCUUGGUUGAUCUCCUUCCUCCUUGCUUUAUUAUCGAUUCAUUCAGGAUGAGGCGCUGCAGGACUUCGCCACCGAUGCGCGGAACGUCAUCGCCACGGACCUUUCGGAGGAUCCCGAAAAGGUCAUCAUCCACUCCAUCUCGCCGGGCUCGGCUAUCGUCAGAUUCGUGUCAGUGAGGAGACACGCACGAAUACGUGGAUUGCACGCAGGCAGCUGUCUGUGGAAUGAAGGCAGGCGGGCAGCUAAUGGGUCUCUGUGUGUGUGUGCAGUGUGCGAGACCAGACUGCGGCUUCGUUGCAGAGCAAAUGGCAGACGAAAGUGGAUGCAGCGGACUCUCUGAUUGCCACGCAGUACACGAUCGAUCCUGAUUAUCCUGUGCUGGUGGCCGUGCCAGACAGUGGGACGCCUCCCCCGGCAGACUGUGCAGUGGGCGACCCGUUGUGUACCCCGCCCACCCCCCAGCCGACGACCAAGAGGCCCGGCGACUUCCUUGAGGACAACAAGGAUGAAGACCUCGACAAGAAACCCGACAUUACCCCGGAAGACCUCGUCCCGCCCGCCAUCAAGGAUGGCAUCGAGCAGAUUAAGGAUGACACCAAGGAGACCAUCACAAAGAGCACAGGAUGGACGUCAUUCGCCAUUGCCGCGGGCGCGGGGGUGGGUGUGUUGGCUGUGGGGAUGCUCAUUCUGUGGUGGACUGGGGCGCUGGGCAAGCUGCGGAGGCUGUGCUGUCCGAGGAGGGAGAAACUAUUGGACAAAGGCGGCGAGAGGGCCAGGGAGAGGAAGACAGAGACGCUGAGACAGUCGCGCGGACACCACCAACCGGCACACAGGAGCCCUGCCAGUCCGCAGAGGGUCUUUGUUUAGCUAGCGAGAUUUAGACAGUCAGACAGACAGACAGGCAGACGACAGCCGGCCUUGCAAAUUGGGAUGUGCACUGGGUAGGUAGGGAUUUGGGCCUGCCGCGGGAU